AUGGAGCGGCUGCCUGAGGAGUCCUCGGGCCCUACCCCCCACCAGGUCUUCUGCUGGACAGCUGAAGAGUCCUCAGGGGCUACCUACUGCCCAGUCUUUGGGAGCUCCUUGAAGGGGCCAAAACCCAGCCCCAGCGCUCAGUAUGACCUGUCUGGGGCCAGGGGCGCCCCCCUCAUGGCCGUGAUCCAGGACUGGCCUGAGGCCCAGCACGACGUGGAGGCGCGGGGCCUGUGCCAGGCCCUGGGCUUCAAGACCACCCUGAAGACAGACCCUACAGCCCAGGCUUUCCAGGAGGAGAUGGCCCAUUUCUGGGAGUGGCUGGAUGCCUGCAGGGGCCCUGUGAGCUGUGCCCUUGUGGCCUUGAUGGCCCACGGGGGGCCUCAGGGGCAGCUACUGGGGGCUGAUAGGUAAGAGGUGCAGCCAGAGGCGCUGGUGCAGGAGCUGAGCUGCUGUAGGGCCCUGUGGGGCCGCCCCAAGAUCCUGUUUCAGGUUUGCCGUGGGGUGAGCAGGGGACGCUGGCGUGGGAUGCACACUCUCCCCUGGUUGUGGCUCUGGCUGCGGGCAACACCAGCCACCCCCUCCCCGACCGAUGUCCUCCACAUCUAUGCUGAUAUGCUAGGCAGCUUCUCCAGGGGCCCCACUCCAGGGAGCCCUAACCAAGCAGACAUCUUGAUGGUCUACGCAGCCACUGAAGGUAAGGGGAUGGCCUUUCGGGAUGAGAAGGGCUCAGACUUUAUCCAGACACUGGUGGAGGUCCUCAGAGCUGACCCCAGGGGAGACCUCCUGGAGCUGAUGACUGAGGUCAAUUGGCAGGUGUGCAAGCUAGACGUGCUGGGUCCCGACUGUGAUGAGCGCCGCAAGGCCUGUCUGGAGAUCUGCAGCUCGUUGAGGCACCGGCUCUGCCUGCAGGCCUGA